GAUUCAACAAACAUACUCCUCUGAUGAAUCUGACGAAGAAUUCGACCAACCUAAAAUGGCUGAUGUCAAACCAGGUGUGCCUUUGGUUCCAUUGGCUGCCAAACCAGAAGACAAAGGUGCUAAGGCUGUAGAACCGAUUUCGAAACCAGAUGACAAACACGAAUCUCCACUAGACGUAACGAAGCCUAUUCAACAAACGUACUCUUCUGAUGAAUCUGACGAGGAAUUCGACCAACCUAAAAUGGCUGAUGUCAAACCAGGUAUGCCCUUGGUUCCAUUGGCUGCCAAAUCAGAAGACAAAGGUACUAAGGUUGUAGGACCGAUUUCGAAACCAGACGACAAACCCAAAUCUCUACUUGACAUAACGAAGCCUAUUCAACAAACGUAUUCUUCUAAUGAAUCUGACGAAGAAUUCGACCAACCUAAAAUGGCUGAUGUCAAACCAGGUGUGCCCUUGGUUCCAUUGGCUGCCAAAUCAGAAGACAAAGGUACUAAGGUUGUAGGACCGAUUUCGAAACCAGACGACAAACCCAAAUCUCUACUUGACAUAACGAAGCCUAUUCAACAAACGUAUUCUUCUAAUGAAUCUGACGAAGAAUUCGACCAACCUAAAAUGGCUGAUGUCAAACCAGGUGUGCCCUUGGUUCCAUUGGCUGUAAAACCAGAAAACAAAGGUGCUAGGGCUGUAGAACCGAUUUCGAAACCAGACGACAAACCCAAAUCUCUACUUGUCAUAACGAAGCAUAUUCCACGAACGUACUCUUCUGAUGAAUCUGACGAAGAAUUCGACCAACCUAAAAUGGCUGAUGUCAAACCAGGUGUGCCCUUGGUUCCAUUGGCUGUAAAACCAGAAAACAAAGGUGCUAGGGCUGUAGAACCGAUUUCGAAACCAGACGACAAACCCAAAUCUCUACUUGUCAUAACGAAGCAUAUUCCACGAACGUACUCUUCUGAUGAAUCUGACGAAGAAUUCGACCAACCUAAAAUGGCUGGUGUCAAACCAGGUGUACCCUUGGUUCCAUUGGCUGCCAAACCAGAAGACAAAGGUGCUAAGCCAUUAGAACCGAUUUCGAAACCAGACGACAAACUCAGAUCUCUACUUGAAGUAACGAAGCCUGUACCACAAAUGUACUCUUCUGAUGAAUCUGACGACGAAUUCGACAAACCUAAAAUGGUUGAUGUCAAACCAGGUGUGCCCUUGGAUCCAUUGGCUGCCAAAUCAGAAAACAAAGGUACUAAGGCUGUAGAACCGAUUUCGAAACCAGACGACAAACCCAAAUCUCUACUUGCCAUAACGAAGCCUAUUCAACAAACAUACUCUUCUGAUGAAUCUGACGAUGAAUUCGACAAACCUAAAAUUACUGAUGACAAACAAAUUGUGCCCUUGAUUCCAUCGGCUUCCAAAACAGUUGAGAACGGUAGAAAGCCUGUAGAACCCAUUUCGAAACCAGACGACAAACCGAAAUCUCCACAUGACGUAAUAAAGCCUAUUCCGCAAAAAUACUCUUCUGAGGAGUUUGACGAAGAAUUCGACAAAGAAGCUGUGCCUCUACUAUCAUCGGUCGCAAAGUCAGAAGAAAAGCUUAUUCCAGACGAAAUUGAUGAUACGGCUAAACCUUUUGAUUUUACCGGCGAUGACACUAUAUUGGCCGAAGAGCAAGAUGUAAGUUCAGCUUAUGUUUCUGGCGUUUCUAGUGGUGUUCCUCAGCUUUUAGCAGAACAGACUACAAGCGAAGGGCCGCGUUCUGAUGCUGAACGUGGUGAGUUAUCCACUAGUAUUUCACAAAGUCGUGACAUAUUAGACUCUUGUAGUAGCUUAGACAGUUUAGAAAGACCCAGUUUACCACCACCUGAUAAGCGGAAUGAAAGAGCUGUUGCUUACUUUGUUAAUUUGAAUGAAGGUACGAGAAAGGUUGGGCCUGCAGGUAGGGAUAUUAAAAAAGUGUUAGAGAAGAAACAAGACACUAGGGAGGCUAGAAAGUCUCACUUAUCUUCUACAAAAACACAAGCCAAGUCCACUUUGAAGCAGACACAAACAAAAUCACAGAUUCAGUAUGCAGCUGCUGGAAAAGUACGUACCUCAUCUCCAAGCACCGAGCCGAAAAGAAAACUUCCUAGUGUUAAGCCUACAGUACCAGCGUCAAUCAAACAGAAAAAGCAAUUGCCUGACAAAGAUGAAGUGUCAAAAGUUUCAUCCACUAAAAGUUUACAUAGCCGUCUAUCGUCCGAGGCACGGUCAGAGAGAUCUAUAAGUCCGCGUUCAACUACGGUCAAUGUUGGCUUAAGUGAAGACAAUUCGAACAGUCGCGCAACCACACCCAGACCCAGAAUACGCACUGAUGUAACAGCAAUACCAUACAAUGCCACACUAAGAACAUUCAGUCCGACAACCAGCCGACCAAAACCCGACUAUUCUCAUGUCACUAGCGUGUACGCGCAAACCAAAAAAUCUGAAAAGAAGGCUACCCCUAAGAAAACCAAAACAAAGACAAUCACCAAAUCUUCCGAUUCCGGCAGUGAAGAUGCUCAACGAAAGCGUUUGAUUACACCUACCUCAACUGUAAUGCACAGAUACAUGCAGCCAACACUGGCGCACAGCCUACGAUAUGGAAAUACACAAACCACACAGAUGUUAACCGACAUAGCCACACCGUUGACAGCAAGAUCACCUGUACCACCGUCGACGCAACCAAAAGGUAAGCAGUAUACAACUACUACAACUACUACUAAUACUGAUGCACCAAGACGCUAUGUACGCAACCUAUCCAAAGAAGAGAAAGUAUUCAAUUUUAAAAGUAGUUUGACGAAUUUAAAGAAAGACUCACUAUCUAAUAGUAAGGAAUCGAUAAAAAGCACUGAAAAACUGUAUCAUAGAAAAACUAAUGUAGAGAAAACUAAAACUAAAGCUGUGAUAGCACAUAGCGAACAAAUAACUGUAAAAGAAAUGCCUCCCAAAACAAGUAAGGAAAUGAGUAAUGUAUUGAAUAAGACAAAUCAAAGUAAAUUAAAGCACAAAAUUGACAGAGCAAAGGAAGCGAGAACCGCAAGAACACCCAGGAGUGUUACUCGGGACAGCUCAGAAGAGAAAAAGCUCAUAAACCGCACUGAGAAAACACAACAGCGAUCGAAAGUUCCCAUCAGCGUAUCUUCCAAUGUAGGUACUAGAAAAAAAGUUAAUACCACUAGAAGUGAUAGUAAAAUAACGGAUGUUAAAACUCGCAAAGACAAUAAGGAUAUGACAGCUACUGUUACAACUAAAACUGAACAAACGAAGCGAAGAACUACACAAACCAAGAAGAGUGAUGUAAAAGUACAAAAGAAGUUGAAGGAUUCAAUAAAUGAGUCCAGCAUGACUGGUAGUGGCAAUACCAGUGCCAGCGGCUCGCUCAGUAGCGUACGAAGAUAUACACGCGCCACUACAAAUAUAAAAAAAUUGGAUAAAGAAGUGGCAAAUUUGAGAUUAGCAGAUAAGUCUGCAACUACCACCUCUACAGGACACCACAAUUCCAUAGCGACUACAUCGAAAAUUUCCAAAAUGCCAGCCGUACCCGCUCGCACCACAGUGGUUAAAGUUCACCAAGAGCCUGUAGCGACCACUGCCAUUGUCAGCACAGUUAUAUUUGAUGAUGAUGCAGAAAUUACACGGUCAUUUAGAUCUACAGAGAGUACAAAAAGUUCUACCUCAUCUUCUGGCAGCAGAAAAGUGUUAACAAGUGAAGUUUUUACUAAGACAUUUGGGCAGGAUAAACCAUUCGAAGUGAUUUAUCGUCAACCGGACACUGAUAUAGAUACAACAUCGAUAAUACGCCCACCAUCAACAGAUCAACGCUGUGUUAAUGAGUUUGAUGUUAGUUUCAUUGAUACAACCGAUUCCAGUUUGUCCGAUUCAGUUGCAUUGCCAAUGUUUACUACGGAACAGGAUCGUCUAUUGGCCGCCAGUCCGGGUUCACCGAAACCAACACGUAGCCCCUUAGCUUUGAUAGAGGAAACAUUGCGUCGGCAACAAGCUGCCGGCUAUGCUAUGGAUCCAGCACUGCAGAUGCAAUUCGGUGCCUCGGGCAUACGAAUGGGUAGUAUUAGUCCGACAUCAUCGAGAAAUUCGAGGUCGGAGCAGAUUGAAACGCCAAAAGAAACUAUAGAAGAAAAACUUGUUUUGGAUGAAGACUCUUUCCGAAAUUUAGGCGAUGACGUUCAAGAACAUAAAAUUAGUGCCGAUGUCGAUGAUAAUGAAACACAAAAAUUAAUAGAUUUUAAUGAAGAUAUUGGUGACAAAGCAGAUAAAGAUACUGAUAAGAAAGAAGGAUAUGGUAUUCGAGAUACUCAUGCAGAUAAAGAUACUGACGAUGAUAAAGACAGUGAUGAUGACGACGACGACGAUGAUGAUGAUGAAGACAGAAGCAGAAAAGCUGGCGAUGCUGUUGUCGAUGAUUUCGGCGCCACCGUACGUAAAGAGGCUGCAGUGCUAAUUGACCAUGUACUGGAAGAGAGCAUUAAUAUUAUUAGCAGCCAACAACAACAACAACAGCAGCAACAAGAGCAGCAUGAGACAAAUGGUUAUGAUUCGCUUAGGCAAGAAUAUAAUUCAGAGAGUGAAAAUUAUGCUAUUACAUGCGAUGACAUUGGUGGCUUAGAUGUUGUCAAAUCACCAACCAUUGAAUCGAUGUCUGGCAAAUCAUUCGACGAUAAUAUGAGUUUCACCGACGAACAAUGGCAUUUCUCACAGCAACACACGCAAGUCACUACUGCAACCACAGGUGUUACAACCACAACAAUAACCACUACAACACAGCAACAACAACAACAACCAAUACAAUUGUCACAUGACUUGUUACAAUGCAAAGAUGACUUUGAAUCAAUGCCAACUGUAACAGAAAUUACGACAACACAAACGAUUACAACCUCCAGAGAGGCGACAAUACCUGGUGGUAGUGGUGGUGGUGGUGUUGGUGAUGAUGAUGGUGAUGAUGAUGGUGAUGCUGCGGCAAAAUUGAAGGCAAAAGAGGAUCCCACUGUUACAAAAUCGCGGCGAAUUGAUCACAAAUUCGAAAAGCUCACAACGCAUAUUGGCGACAUUGACGAACAAGCGUCAGCAUUCGAUGCUAAUUUUGACGCAAUGGUGCACGAUGAUGAGUUAAGUAAUUUACAAAGUGAAUUUUCGAAAAUGAGUUGGGAUGAUAGUGUGUCGCCGACAACAAACACUUUGGGCGAUAUCGGUCAAAAUACACCCGAUAAUGAUAUACAAGAUAUUGCAACAGAGACAGGCUUUGAGUUCGCUAAAUCAUCUGAAACCACCCCAGUACCCACUGGCGCUACAACAACAACUGCCCCAACUAGUUCCGAUGCAGAUGCCCCAACACCCAGACCUCGUGGCGCUGGCGCUAAACCAGCUUCACCAGUUAGAGAUAUUGUUGCCGGCGAUAUCGCACAGUGCCUCAAGAGUGAUGAUGCAACCAGCCUUCAGACAGACUCCGCUGAAAUCUUGUCAGAUUUAUCAUCAACUGCACCGGUACCAAAGCCACGCUUGCAAAUGAAGCCAACGGACUCUUUUAAAAACUUAGCUGCUUUGGCGAGCGAACAUUCGGAUAGCAUCAGUUUACGUAGUUUGGAUAUGACAGAAGAUCUAUCUAAAACCGAUGAACCGUCUACGGAAAUUUCUAUCAAGUCAUCACAUGCACGCGAUUAUCCUACGACUACAACUAUCACAACGACUACAACAGCUUCUGAAGAUCACACCGAGUCACUAGAACCCACAAGUGAGAUUUCAGUAGACGAUGCCGACACAGAAAAGUCCGAACUUGUCGAUGGUCGUGGGAAAACUAGUUUCUAUAUUGGCGAAUCGAGCCGAAAUAUUAUUGUCAAAACCACGCCUACAAAACCAGAUGGUGAUUUAGAUGCGUCUGAGGACACAACAGCAGCUGCAGAAAAUGUCGCUGAGGCUACUAUCGAGGCCAAGGAUAUAGCGUUAAUGAAGGAGGUUUCCGUCGAUUCGGAUGAAAGUAACGAUAUAUUUAAGGAAUAUGUGACAAUGAAGCGCGAAACAGGCGAAGCUGAAAGCAAAAUAGUGCGACAAGGUUCCGAAACCAGAAACGAUCUCUUGGAACAAGAACCGCUUAAGGAAAAGCCAACUGAUGAAGACAAAGUGUCUACUACUUUUAUGGUAACUGCAGAAAUUUCACAGCCUUUCGCGGAAGAAUUUGAAAACAUUUUAAAGAAACCAGAGGCAUUUGUUGAUGAUUCAUUAACCCCGAAAUCAGAGAAAUUCGAUUUGCAACUAGAAAAGAGCGAAUGGGAGACAGCGGAGAAAGAAAUUCCAGUGGAUGGUAAACCUAAGGUGGUGCACUCACCACAACAGCUGAGUGAGUUGCCAAAAGCUUUGAUUGAUGAAGAAAUGGUUGCCAGAACAUUGGAAGAAGCACAGGAGUCGUUGAACGCUGCAAAGAACGAACUGAAAUUCAUAGUUAAGGAUGGAAAAUCAAUUAAAGAAUCGCCAUCAGAAUUCGAGUUUCGUUCAAUAUCUCAGGCAUUCAGCAGCGCGGAGAAAAAGGAAAAAUCUAUGCCAGAAGCAGAUCCCACGCCAAAUGCGGCUCAACCGCAGGAGCGUGAAUUCGCGGAAAUGGCAGAUAUUUCUUCGUUUAUAGGUAUACCAGAUACUUUGAAAGAUACAACUGCACUCUCUGCAUUCGAGUCAGCAAAAGAAACAACUGAGUUACUCUUUGACGGAACAACAAAGGAAACUUUGAAUAAGGAAGCUGUUAUGGCACACUAUGCGCGUGAGAUUUUCGAAGAGGUCAAGCAAGAGGGUAAAGAUGAGCACGGCUCGUUGGGCUUCAUAUCAACCGGCACUGCAGACGAUUACAGUUCGAUGGAAGAGUAUGCAGCCAAGGAAGAACAUGCCUCCCUUGGUUUUGUAUCAACAGAAACUGUUGAAGACUUCAGUUCAAUGGAGGACUACUUUCAGGAAAAAAUGGCCAAGGCUAGCGUAGUAACUGUAGAGGGAGGACCAGUGAGAAAAUCACCAAUUGAAGAUACAACUGUCGGCAGCGCAACGGUUUUUUCGGAAAUAAGUUCCGAACAAACAAUGAAACCAUUCGAGCAGGUAACACAUCGCAUUAAGUCAGAAAGCAGCUCAACUGAUUCCACAAACAGAUGGUCCGUACCGGAAAUUGAUCAGUCCAGUUCAAGUGAAAGCUAUUAUAAGAGUUUGGAUAAGAACGACAGCCGUCCACUGUCGUCAGAUGUAGACAACUUAUUGACGCAGGGGAAUUCCUCGGAAUAUCAAACUGCAUUGGACAUGUCUUCAGUAACGCGCGAAACUACUGAAUAUGUUAGCGCCGUUAGCACACUCCAAAGCAGCAGUGGCAAGACCAUAAGCUCACACGAAAGCAUGAAAAGUUUAGAUUCGCAAUCGGAGACAUCCGCGAAUUUGGGUAGUAUUGAUGUAUCGGAAUUAUCGGAAACUUUGGUGGCAUCCUCCACAGAACCAGAUGCCUUAGAAGCUGAGGAAUUGGCACGUAUACGCGAUUUGCGCGCUGAUGAUGAGGACAGCGAUGACAGCCUAGAAAUACAAGACUACGCCAAAAGCGAACAGCAAAUGCAAAGGUCAUUGAUGAAACGUUCACAAGAAAUGAUAUUUAAACCAAAGCCAGAGGAGAGUAAAACCGAGGAGCAGCAAUUCGAAACAGUUACUGUCGAAGAGUUUCCUAAACCUAAGGAAGUUGAGAGAACAUGGGGUUUGGCUUAUCCCGUAGAUGAAGGAAAACUAGACGAUGUAAGAGAGCCCGAACGGCCCGAAGAUAUUUUACUUUAUCAUGGCGAUAUAAGACGUUCCAUUGACGAUUCCAAGCUAGCAUCAAGUUUAGAUGAAGGUAGCAUACUUUCGGUCAGCAUGUCGAGUACAUCGAAUAUAGAGACUGUGGUAGAGAACUUCGAGGAUAUGAUUGGCUCGGCCGGUUCUUCUUCCCUCACUGGCAUUGAGGCUUUCGGCUUCCCACACGAUGAACAGCCAUCCUCCUUUUACGAGCAUGAGGAAACAUUUAGUAUGGAAAUGGAAAGCAAGGAACAUUCCCCACCAGAUUCAGCAGCCACAACACCACCCGGCGAGGCACGCAAGCGUGGGCACAGGCGUAGUGAAAGCACCGCAAUCACUGGAGAUGUUUUAAAGUCUAUAACUGAUAAAGAGCUGCCAGUUUUGGGCGAAAAUAAGGAAUCCGAAAGUGAGUCCGACACAGAUCCAUACGAAUCCGAAUAUACCAGACAGUUUCGGUCGCCAAGCGAACGCAAAAACAACAAAAAGAAGAAACAGGCAGCUGCCGAAAUGGAUCAUAGCUUCGAGCUCGAAAAGCGUCCUUUCACACCGUCACAACUUGUCGCCGAAGUGAUAGUAGAGGACAGCGCCACUGAGGAGAUGGAAGCCGAAGCCAUUGAGGAAGAACGCCGACCAUCGCAAAAUAUGCAAGACUAUUCAGUAAUACCAGACAUAACAGUAACUGAAGACUUUCAAAAAUCGCCAAGCCUCGAGGAAACCGCUGAAGGUUUCGAAGAGAAGUCCUUAUAUAAAGUAAAAACUCAAGAAGAGCUACACAAGGCCGCUGAUGUACCGCUGCAUGAGCAGAAACGUGCGGAAAAAAGUGAGGAAACAUUUCAAAAACUAGUACAGGAGCAAUAUAAGCAGAAGUUGGCGGAUUUGCAGCGUCCACAAGUUGGCGAUAGUGAUUAUGAUGAUGAUAAGGCACCAGACUCGCCAGAUUCAUUUGAAAUGGUUGACCAACCUGAUAUUUCCGAUGAUUUUGUGAUUAUCGAAGAGGUAGCUAAAGAAGCCAACGAAGUGGAUUUAGGUGCGAAAAGCAUUCAAAUUCAGCCCACAAAAUACGAAUCCAAGCAUGAUGAGGACGUUGAGAAAAUUAUCAUAAAAUCAGCACCAGCCGAUCCCAAAUUAGGCUCACAAAUAUUCCGUGAUGAUCUUAAUUUCGAGUUCGAGGAAAGUCCGCCGACUGCGGGUAGUAGCAGCGAUCCACAGGAGGAGAGUGACUCCGGCGACAUGGCUACUUCAAAUAAACGCUGGGUAGAAAUGCAACUCACAGACACGCAAUUGCGCUAUCCCUACGAUAUCACUGGUGGCGUGUUGGAAGACAUCAAAGAAGAGGAUGGCGAAUUCGAAGUGGGUAGUAGCCGCAUUAGCAGUUUCAAAGACUCCUUUUCCAGCACACCGGAGUACGACGUCAUGGCUGCAAGGCGAUACUAUGCACGCGGUGAACACGAUGAUGUUUCGAUGAGUAGUUUGCAAGAAUUCGAGUCGCUCGAGCAGGCUAUUUCAUUGGAGAACCGCAACAAAACGCAUCAGGGUUCAACGGACUCCAGCAAUGGUAGUUUCACGCGGCGCUAUAUGGUGCGCCACAGUGGCAGUGGCACAGCACAAGGCGAUGAUAUAUCCAUCUCAAGUCUCAAAGAAUUCGAAGGCUUGGAGAAUGCCUGCAUAGAAGCGCAUUUGAUUGAAAUCAAGGCAAAAGAAGAAGCCGCACUACUCUCGCGCUCCGAUGACUCGAACAAAUCGAAUGACAGCGAUCGGGAAAAUGGUGCAAGCGCUGUUGUUGUAAGCAAAGUGACACGCACUGUAACACGCACUGAAAUGCUGCCGGCACAGCAGCAAAACAUUGAAGCGCUGCUCAAGCAAAAGCUCGAAGAAUGUGAAGGCAGAGAUUCACUGGUUAAAAUUGCGGAGGUGUCAACUGAACCGUUGGAGGCGAAAAUAAAGCUCGAUAAGCAGGAUUCGGAAAAGGGAAGCGUAGACAGUUUGGAGAUUAACAAAAGUCUCGAUAUGCGCUCGAGCAGUAUUGGUAGUUUUGAAAUUUCAAAAGACGCCACCACACGUUCGGAUAUAGACUCACUGGAAACUGAUCGUAAACAACCAACACGCGAAGAAAGCAUCGAUUCCAUGGAAAAUGAGCAGUUUGAUUUAUUGGCAAGAUUUCCAAUAGCUGGAGAAACUACACUAGGCGAAGGUCUGACAACAACUACAACAACCACUACGACUACCACAGAUGCAGAGGGUCAUGAGCAUAUCGUUACGCAGACCGUAACCACAACAACAAGCACCAGUGGCAAUAUAACGCUAGAAUUCCCCAGCGAGCAACUACCCAAGGAUGUAUCGACCGACUCACUUUGCAUUGAACAAACCAAUACCAGUUCGGCGGGCACAACUGCCACCUAUCAGACCAGCGCCGGCAAUUCACAAAUGUCUGGCAGCGUAACAAGUUGUGCAUCGAGUACACUCAUGGAGGACUCCUAUCCUGGAGCGCACUCCAGCUUGACAUCUAGUAGCUUUUGGUCUCAUGAAGAAUCAACGGUUGUGGAAGAUAAGAAUGUCUUAGAAGAAGUGCUGCUCGAAGAUGCUGAAGCGCUGAAACGUCGACAAGUACAGCAAAGAUCAGAUUACGAUGAUCAACAUUAAACGAUGCUCGACAGAGAUGUGAGAGAGAGAGAGAAAGUGAGAUAGAAGAGAAAAAACUAGCAUUAAACUUCACGCAUAAAUAAAAUACAUUCUUAAGGGAUUACAAGCUUUUUAUACAUACAUCAGUGGUUAGAUUUAAAUAAAUAAAUGAAAAUUCAUGCUUCGUUAAUGGUGAACCAACAUCGCCAAAGGCUGGGAGAUUUCGAUUAACAAAAAUAUACAUACAUAUUUACAUACUGCAUACUUCAAAUACAUUCCCUAUACUUAGUAAACUGAUACAUUGCAUUUUAAAAAUUAUCGACGCAUCGAAAUUUAUGAAAUACACGGUGAACUAUGAACUAUGUAAUUCCAGUCUUCACUUAAAACACGUUUUUUUAGUAAAACCAAAAAAAAAAAAAUGAUAAGCAUUAUCAAAAAUAUGAAUCCACACAAAUACCAACGCGUUUGCCAUGCGAACUAGUUAUUGUUAAAUAAAAUUUGUUUUGGGUAGAUAACAAAUUAUCCUGUAUAUUUUGGCUUAAAAGUAAAUGUGACCCUUUAAGUGUCUAUUAUCUAUAAAAUGUAAUGACUUUCGUUAAUUGGCUUUAACCUUUCAAAUGUAUCCGAACUUCUUAGAAAACCUAUGCACUAAAUAUGUAUGUCGUUAAGUUAAUUGUGUGUACUGUACUUUUUUAAGAACUAUCAACAAUUUUCUACAUUACAUUGAUACAUUGAUUAAAACAAAUGUGAAACGCGGUUAAAGAUAUUAUUUAUUGUGUUAGUGUGGAAAUUUUGCGAGGCAGUAGUUUAGCGGUCGCUGUAAAGAAUUUAAUAUUUUUUAAAAAUGAUUUAAAUACACUAGUCAGUCGUAUGUAGUAGUUUAGUUUAAGCAGCUUCAAUGGGAUACAUGCAUACAUAUUUGCUUGAAAACGUGUAUGAUGCCUUAACAAAUAUGCAAAAAAAAAUAUAUUAAAUAAAUAAAAAAAAUGUUUAAAAUAAAAAAAAUAUAUAACAUGCUUUUAAAGUGACUUUGUCUUUUUCAUUUUUUAAUCCAAAGGAGCAAAUAAAGCCUAAGCAUUUUAAUAAUUUAUAUUUAAUAUUUACAUUAAACUUAACUUAAGUACAAUAUUGAAAAUAUUUAUGUAAUAAAGCACAUACAUCCAUCAAAAGAAAUAAUAGCAAGCAUACCAAAAGUAAAAUGCAAGCAUGUAUUACCAUUUAUUAUUAGUCGAAAACUUAUUGCAAAGUAAAUAUUAAUACAAAACAAAAUGCAUUUCCUAUCAGUGCAUGAGAGGACACAGCAUAAAUGUGUAUUUGUAAUGCAACACACAUGCCUACGAUUAACCAAAUAAAAGCUUAAUCAUAUAAAAA